UUUGCAAACGGAUUGCAAAAAGAAAGAAGAGAGACGGCGUGGAGAGACAAGAGCUCACUGGAAUUCUACGUCACAAAAGCAGAGCAACACAUCACAAAGCUGCUCACGGGAGGCUGCAGCUGCUCGCCGUCGCCGUCACGGACGAGGCGGGAUGGGGUCGACGAUCUCCAGAUGUGGACGCGGAGGAGAGGGACCGGCUCACGCGGAGGAGGCCGGUGGGUGUUGGGCGCGGAGGAGCUCCGGCGGUGGAGGGGGCGGACGGGUCGGCGGCUGGGCGGAAGAGCUCCGGCGGUGGAGGAAUACGGCGGCCCGUCGGCUGGGGGGAGGAGCUCCGGCGGUGGAGGAGGACGACGGCCGGCGGCUGGGCGGAGGAGCUACGGCGGUGGAGGAGUUCGACGGACGGCGGAGCGGUGGAGGCGUCCCAAGGAGGCCGACGGACGGCGGCAGGGUGGAUGCGUCCCGCGGCCGGGAUUCGCGGGUUCACGGCCACGGCGAGCUCUUCUACUGUCCCAUGUGCAUGGAGCUGGUGCCCAUCAACCUCAAAUCCAGCCUCGGCCCGUGCGGCCACGCCUUCUGCUCCAGCUGUGUCACCACGUACGUCGCCGUGAAGCAGCGCGAGCGCGAGGACGCUGCCCGCGUCAAGUGCCCCGACUGCGAGAACGGCGUCCCCGUGUUCGUCACCGAGGGCGGUGGAGAUUUGCCGGCGGACGGCCACGGCGAGCCCUUCGAGUGCGCCAUCUGCAUGGAGACCGUGCCCGGCGCCCUCAAGUUCAGCGUCAGCCCGUGCGGCCACCCCUUCUGCCGGAGCUGCGUCGCCCGGUACGUGGCCGCGAAGCUGGACGACAAGGUCGCUGGCGUGGCAUGCCCUCACCCAGGCUGCGAGGCCGGCGCCGUCGAGCCGUCGAGCUGCCGCGGCGUCAUCCCCCCGGACCUCCUCGACAGGUGGGGCUUCCUGCUGUGCGAGCUCGCGGUCGGCGCCAAGAGGGUGUACUGCCCGUACCAAGACUGCUCGGCGCUCCUGCUCGCCGACGCCGACACGAAGGAGGCCAUCGCGGAGGCGGAGUGCCCGCACUGCCACCAGCUCUUCUGCGCCCGGUGCGGCGUGCCGUGGCACGACGGCCUGGGGUGCGAGGAGUUCCAGAAGCUCGGGCAGGACGAGCGCGGCCGGAACGAGCUCCUGCUCCGGCGCCUCGUGGGCAGGAAGGGGUGGCAGCGGUGCCCCAAGUGCCGGAUGUUCGUGGAGAAAUCGGAGGGCUGCAAUUACAUGAAAUGCAGGUGUGGAAACAGUUUCUGCUACCGAUGUGCAUCCAAGUUGUCAGCGGAAAACCAUUACUGCAAAAAGUGCAAGCGCUAACGAUUUGGUUGUUUGGUUGUGGAGGGAGGGCUCUUGCCAGGCCACUGCAAACACAUGGGUUCAUCCUGGCCAUGUUAAUUAAUCUCCUGAAGCACGAAAUGAAAAUCUAGGCAUGAAACAAACCUUAAUUAGUUUUGUUGUACAUAACUAUUAAAAUACAAUCUCCUUGACUCAAAUCAUUUCUUGUUACUACGCAGCUUCCUCAGUUUUACUUCUAUGUAUGUAUGUGGUGUUAGGGCAUCUCCAACGCUGGCCUCCAAAUCAGACACUUUAUUCAACCCUUAAUCAUAGAUGCGGGAGGGAGGAAGCCACACA